ACUUUCUUGGGGAAACAGUGAACGCUGAAGAAACCCUAACUUCAACGGAAACCCAAAAUCAAAGUACCCAAAUCGAGAGGAAAACGAAGAAGAAGAAGCUUGAUUUUGAUUCUCUGCGAAAUUCUGGAUCUUUGGCUCAUCGGAAUGCAGUGUUCGGAUACCUAGUCUUCAUCUGAAUUCCCUGUCUGGAGUGACACACGAUCAAUGUCCGGUGACCGACGGGAAGGUUCGCAAGAGAUGGUAGGGGACAGUAACGGGGCUGUUGUCGGUGGCGGAGCUCCUCUGCAUCCUCCAGCGGCCCCGUCUCCGGUGGUCGCAGCGGUUACGGUGGUGCCAAGCCAGAGGCUGAGGCUGAACCCUAACAAGGAGCACAGGCCCGACAGUUACGAGGAUCUGCAGCUAGAUUUCAGUUCCUGCAUUUAUAGUUCUCUGGAGAAGUACUUGCCUCCGGGCAUGCUUGGAUCGAAGAGGGACGACAAGGUGAAGUUCAUGACGGACAUUCUGCUCAAGUACCUUCCCCAUGGAGAACGUUCCAGAGCUCAAAGGCAUAGAGAAUACAGACAGAAGAUUAUAUCAAAUUAUCAGCCACUUCACAGGGAGUUGUAUACUCUUCAUCCCACAUUCUUUUUCCUUCCGUCUUUCCUGAAGGCGAUCAAUGAAAAUACAGAGGAAAGCUUCAGAAGCAUAAUUUCUGAACCAUCUCCUGGGGUGUUUGUGUUCGAAAUGCUCCAGCCUAGCUUUUGUGAGAUGAUGCUGUCUGAGGUGGAAAAUUUUGAAAAAUGGGUUAACGAAGCGAAAUUUCGGAUCAUGAGACCAAACACAAUGAAUAAAUACGGGGCUGUGCUUGAUGACUUUGGCCUGGAAAGCAUGCUAGAAAAACUCAUGGAGGGUUUUAUUCGUCCUAUUUCCAAAGUAUUCUUCCCUGAAGUGGGUGGAGCGACUUUGGAUUCUCACCAUGGCUUUGUUGUUGAAUAUGGCCAAGAUAGGGAUGUUGACUUGGGCUUUCACGUGGAUGAUUCAGAAGUAACAUUGAAUGUUUGCUUGGGCAAAGAAUUUGUGGGAGGGGAGUUAUUUUUCCGAGGCACACGUUGUGAGAAACAUGUGAAUACGAGAACAAAGUCAGAGGAAAUCUUUGAUUAUUGUCAUGUACCGGGACAAGCUGUACUCCACCGUGGCCGCCACCGCCAUGGAGCAAGAGCUACGACAUCUGGUCAUCGGGUCAAUAUGCUUCUUUGGUGCAGAAGUUCGGUAUUCAGGGAGAUGAAAAACUAUCAGAAGGAAUUCUCGAGCUGGUGUGGAGAGUGCUUACAUGAGAAGAAAGAGAAGCAACGCCAAUCUAUUGCCGCCAAAAAAAUGGAACUUCUUAGAACAGAGAGUAAAACCAAAACUUGAUCAUAUGCAACUGGAACUUACAUGGGGUUUGAUUUACAAUCUGUGGUUCAUUCAACCCCAAGUGUUGAACUUUGAUGUUAUGUAGAGAUUUACUUGAGGUAAAAAAAGUAAAACUCUCUCUCUCCAUGUAUUUGUUUUCUUACCAUUUGUACAUGACAACGCCUCAAAACCUUUUUUUUUUACAUGUAUGAUGUUGAUCUAAUCGGUUUGUUUGGUCGGUCUCUUGUUUGA